UUGGGUUCAAGUCCUUCCCAAAAUUAUCGAGGGAAUAAAUAAAGCAAAAAGCAGAGUACAUGGUAUGCGACCUAUAGACGUAAAUUUUGAUAAUGCUCAAGAUGUAUGGGAAAUGAUAUAUGGUGACGUAUUUUCAAAUAAAAGGAUGAGACCCAAGUUAAAGAAAGGAGAUUAUAUCAGAAUGAGCGUAGGGAAAGGAGUAUUCGAAAAGGGAUACAUCCCAAACUGGGGAGAUGAAAUAUUGCAAAUUGAAAGAGUUAAAGAUAAUGUUGAUCCCAUUCGCUAUAAAGUCCAAGAUGAAAAGGGUGAAAAGUUUAAAGGAUCAUUCUAUAAAGAGGAAUUAGCUCGCGUUCGUAAGGAUGCUGAUACUGAAUAUAGAAUUGAAAAAGUUGUGAAAAAGAAAAAGAGACCAGAUGGAACAUAUGAUCUUUUAGUAAAGUUUAUGGGAUAUCCUGAAAGAGAGUGGAUUCAUGAGACGCAGUUAGUAUAA